AUGUCUGAGUAUGUCACCACCUUUCGGUAUUCAAGCAAACCGGUUACCGUUGAAAAACUAAUCCCAGUGUCUUAUGACCUGGGUAACUUGGCUGUAUUUGAUACCAACGCACUAGAGAACGAGAAACUCUCUUCGAAUUGCUCUGAAAGAGAAGAGUAUUUACAGUCCAUAGCAAGAGACAAUACGCAACUCUUGAUUAAUCAGAUUCUGUCAUUACCUUUGAGAACAACAACAGAUAACGAGGCCACAUUGACUCUUGUUCAACUUCCUGAACCAAUAACGGAAUUACCAAGAGAGAAGCCAUUGCCAAAGGCUAAAGAGCCAACUAAAUGGGAAUUGUUUGCUAAGAAGAAAGGUAUUAAAGCCAAGGAGAAAUCGGGUAAGAUGGUCUAUGACGAAGCUACUGGUGAAUGGGUUCCAAAAUGGGGUUAUAAAGGUAAGAAUAAAGAUUUGGAUGACCAAUGGCUCGUUGAAAUUGAUGAUAAGGUAAAGGGUACAGAGGAUGAACUCAUCGAUCCAAGAAGUUUGAACAGAGCAGAGAGAAAGAAACUUGUAAAGAAAAACUUAUUGCAACAAAAACGUAACUUGAAGAAUAACAGUUGAAGAGCACUUAUGUAUAAUUGAUCGUGAUGAUAAUAAUAAACCUGGGCUAUACACCAAACAGACGACGAACAACUUUGCUCUCUGGAAUUCCUUUGAAUUCCUUCAUGGCUUGUUUUGUAGUAUACUUUGACAUGGCGUACAUCUCAAUUAUGUCAAAGUUAUCACCAAUGAUCUUCAGCUUCUUGCCAUCACACAUCAUACAAAACCACCUUUCGACGAACUGUAUGUACAUUAGUACAACUUGUUCUUCAAACUGGGCC